GCAGGAUAGCGUGAACACCUUCGGGUGGUCUCUGGUGGCGGGCGAGGACCUGGAUGGGAACGAGUACCCCGACCUGGUAGUUGGCGCCCACGACACUAACAGCGCCUUCGUCUUCCGCACUAGACCCGUCGUGUAGGUUAACGCUACCAUUAAAUUCAAGUCCAAAAGCGGGAUAAUGGACUUAGACGUCAGGGGAUGUUCGCUUCAGGACUCUACCGAGGUGCCAUGUGUGUCUCUCCAGUACUGCCUGAGUUACACUGGUCACCGCGUCCUCAAUACCCUACAGAUGGCGGUGUGGGUGAGGGUGGACACACACUCGGACCUGCCCAGGAUGUUCUUCUUACACCGUGAACCAGAGUCUUCCAACAACAUCACCAUGAACCUAAGGAAGGCUGUCGAGAACUGCACUACUGUGUACACCUAUAUCUCUCCGGAGCCUCGUGACAAACUGACUCCCUUGGUGGCGGAGAUGGUAAGCGGGCUGGUGGAGGCAGCAGGGGCGGACACCACACUGCUGAGGCCCGUGUUGGCUCCCACCUCGUCCGAGAGUCAGACCCACACCGCUGUCGUCCACAUCAAGAACAACUGUGGGGACGAUAAUGUGUGUGUACCUGACCUGUCCGUCACUGUCGAUAUGUGAGUGUUGAUUGUGUCUCUAUAGC